AUGAGCAGUUCCUGUGUGACAUUGGCCGAGGUCCUGUGGGCAAAAGGAAGCUCUCUGGAGGAAGAAGAAAUAUGGGCACUCCUGCACCUGUCCACAAGGCAGCUUCUGGAGGAUCUCCACAGAGGAAGAGUUCCAGAGACACACAGAUCAUGUGACACCACACUUAGUGGAUCAAGGACAGAAAGCAGCUACAAGCUCUUCAUAAACAGGUCGGUGAGUGCUGUAGAAGAAAUCCCGGCUGGAACUCAGAGGAACGGCCGACAGAACCUGCUGAGCUUGGGCUCCACCUUCUCCGUGUCCACAAAGGACUACUCAGCAGCUGCUGCGUCACAGAAAUGCUUCUUCCACAGGAAGGAAAAGUUUUCAGGUCCAGAAUUUGUUAUUUUGUCUAGUGAGCCACCAGUGACCUUACAGCUGCCUGGAUCAAUUGUGACUAAAAAAGGGAAAUCCUAUUUGUCCCAAAGGGAUCUCAAUGUGAUUCUACUCAAUGGGCAGUGCCUUGAGGUGCAAUGUGACAUCAAGACCAAGGCAAGAGAUGUUUUCAACACUGUGGUGGCAUAUGCAAACUUGGUGGAACAUUUCUACUUUGGCUUGGCUUACCUGAAAGGUAAAGAAUUCUUCUUUUUGGAUGAGGACACCAAACUCUACAAAGUGGCCCCAGAUGGCUGGAAUGACCAACCCAAGAAGAAAAUGUCCAUCAUUAAUUUCACUCUCUUUAUAAGGAUAAAAUUCUUUGUCAACCACUUUAAUGUUAUUCAGCAUGGCUUGACAAGGCAUCAGUUUUACCUGCAGCUUCGUAAAGAUAUUUUGGAGGAGCGAUUAUAUUGCAGUGAUGAGACUGCCCUGAAACUCGGCGCUUUGGCUUUACAGGCAGAGCUUGGCAAUUAUGCUUCUGAGAUGCAUGGGAAGAGCUAUUUUCGUGUUGAAGACUACGUCCCAGCCAGUCGAAUAGAGAAAAUGACCCUGGCAUACGUACAGCGAGAGCUUGCUAAAUUACAUCGCAUGAAUCGCUCCCUAUUUGAGGAUGAAGCUGAACUGGAGUUUUUAAAGGUGACUCAGCAGCUUCCUGAAUAUGGAGUGUUAUUCUAUCGUGUGUCCCAAGAGAAGAAAGGGACAGAAGGGGACAUCAUCCUGGGAAUCUGUGCCAAAGGCAUCAUCGUCUAUGAGAACAAAAAUCACACAAGAAUUGCCAGUUUAAGAUUUCAGUGGCGUGAAACAGAGAGAAUUUCAGCUCAUAGAAAAAAAUUCAUGAUUGAGAGCAGUUUCAGUGGUAAGAAACACACCUUCAUUACUGAUACAGCAAAGACAUGUAAAUACCUACUGGACCUCUGCUCUGCCCAGCACAAAUUCAAUGCACAGAUGAAUUCUAGGCAACUUCGUCAAACCUCAUCAGAGGACAGUAAAUUUGUAGAAAUAGACAAAUCGAAUUCUGCAUAUGCAGCUCAGCGUGAACACCUUGCCCUUAUUCAGAGACUGUCUCGCUCAGAGAAUGUGCUCUAUGGAGCAAACCUGGAAAACCUUUCUGCUGGGAUGAUGAGCAAAUCUUGUGAUAACCUCAGUGUGGAAACCAACAAUAGGACUAGACACAAAAGCAAUCUUGGCGGGUCUCUAUCAGGGCUAUCCCAGUCAGAAAUGCACAUUAAUUUGAAUGGAAAGCAAAGGAGUUAUGAUUUUCUCUCUAUCCAUUCAACUCAGAACACCAUCAGUGCACCUGGAUCACCAGCCACCCAAAAGGAAGUUUUGCUAAGUGGUCUAGAAAGAGAAAUCAUAUGUGUCAGCCUAAAACGUGACCCUAAGAAUGGAUUUGGUUUUGUAAUUAUUGGAGGAGAAAAUGUAGGAAAAUUAGACCUCGGUAUCUUUAUCGCUUCAAUUAUCCCUGGGGGACCUGCAGACAGAGCUGGAAAUAUCAAACCAGGAGGACGACUCAUCUCUGUGAAUAAUAUCAGUCUGGAGGGUGUUUCAUUUAAUACUGCAGUUAAAAUCAUACAGAACUCUCCUGAUGAAGUGGAGCUCAUCAUCUCUCAACCCAAAGACAUGUAUGAAGAAGGAUUAAAUGAAGAAAAGAAUCUAUCAAGAGGAAACAGCACUAGUGGAUCUGAGAUCUCUUGUGUAGACAGUGGGAGAAAAAAGAUUCAGGAUUGUCAUACAGCUCUCCCCAAAGAACAGGACACAAAUACAGAACUUGAGAAGACUCUCCCUUGGAAUUUAGCAUCAAAAUUGGGCCCUAGGAUUCCAGUGCCUUCGGCUAAUAGCCUGGAUAUAGAGGCAGCUGAUUCUUCCCACUUACCAUCUCCAUCAGAAACCAACUCAAAGGAAGUCUACACGGUGGAGCUUCUUAAAGAAGAUGGGACUUUUGGAAUCAGUGUGACUGGUGGAAUUAACACCAGUGUGCGUCAUGGUGGGAUAUAUGUGAAGUCAAUUAUUCCCAGGGGACCAGCAGAUAAAGAUGGACAAAUAAAGAUAGGUGAUCGUCUGCUGGAAGUAGAUGGCAUCAGCCUCUGUGGCAUCACCCACAAACAGGCUGUGGAACACCUGAAGAAAUCUGGCCAGGAUGUCCUGCACUUGUUAAGAGGAGCUCCUCGAGAAGUUACACUGCUACUUUGCAGACCACCAAAAGGUGUUCUUCCAGAAAUAGAGCCGAUUGCCCUGACUCCAGCACCAUCUCCAAUUAAGGACUUUGUGGCAGAAAUGCCAGGCAGCACAGGGGCAGGAAACAGCAUGGAUCAAUCUACCAGUGAUGGAGGUAGCACCUCUCCAGACCUCGAAGACUGCUUUGAUUCUCCAGUGGGAGAAGAUUUCAGUGAGCCUCCUGAGGAUGACAGCUCAGCUUACGAAGAGCAGGAAGCUGAGUUUCAAGAGAAACCCAUACAGAAACUCCCAACUUCCAGAGAAAGUUUCUAUAAGCAUCUUUGGAAGAUUCAUCAAGAAGCUUCCAGUUCUGAAGUCUUCCACUCUCUAGAGGAGGAAGUGAAGCAGAACUGCUACUCACCAUGUGAGUUUGGGCAGGCCAAAAGCCACGUAUUUAAUAAGAGUCAUGAUGACCUAUUGAACACAAAAUGUAUGCCUGAAACUCUCUCUCUAACCCCUAUUGAUGAAGAGUAUCUCACUGUCAGCUCAAUGUCUGUGACCUCCCUUCCACGAGGGGGAAGCUCCAAGACAGUCUCUGCGACCCCACAGCCACGUGUUUGUGGUCCCUCAUCACCAUCCCUGCCUGCCAGAGAGACACAUGACAGUGACAAUGAAUGGGAAGACUUGGAGGAACCAGAGGAAGAGAAGGAAGAAAAUGAAGAGUGCAUUCAGGAAAUGGAGAUCUUUGUGACUUUGACAAAGUCAGAGAACAAUGGUUAUGGAUUCUCUGUAGUUCUUAACAAAAUCGACACUUGCCUGUAUGUUGAUGAAAUCUUGAAUGAUCCUGCCCUUUCUGAUGGAAGAUUGAGAAGGGGAGACAGAAUCAUUAUGGUGAAUGGAAUUGAUGUCACAUCUUUGCCAUGCAAUGAAGUCCUGACUUUACUGCAAAGCUCUCCUCCAGAUCUGCACCUUGUGGUUGGCCGUGCCGACAGUGACCCACGUCCCUCAGUUAGGCCAGAGGACAUUCCUGAAAUUACUCUCACAAAGGGUGCUGAUGGACAGCUAGGCUUGAAGCUGACAGGAGGAGCUGGAAGCACAUUACAAGGUAUUUAUGUGCUAGACAUAGUGCCUGGCUCUCCUGCCAGUGUGGAAGGCAGUUUGCAGCCACGAGAUCAGAUUGUUUACAUCUGUGGACUGUGCACUGAGGGCAUUAGCCUGGAUGAUGCAGUGAGAGUGUGUGAAGCUGCCACCCAGAAUGUUCAAAUCAAAGCCACAAGAAAUGGCAAUCCAGUGGUUCCUAUAGAGCAGGAAAAUAGGCCACCAGCUGAAACAGAGAAAGCCAAUAUUUCUUUGUCAAAUGAAAACCUGAACUCCCAGGAACAGCAUCUGCUGCAUCAACAUGAGAAGCAUUUGGAGGAAACAAACUGUGAUGAUCAGCAGAACACUCCCGAUUCUCCAGAAUGUAAAGACUUCAUUAUUAAGAUUGAGCUGGAAAAAGCAGAAAAUGGAAGCCUGGGAUUUGCACUGGUAGGUGGAAAAAAUGGCAGGGCUAUCCUAAUAAAAGCCAUCAGCCCGGACAGCAGUGCAGACCUGGAUGGGAGACUUCAAGUUGGUGACAUCUUACUGAAGGUGAAUGAGACCUUUGUGUCUGGUCUGCCACGCCAAACAGUCACAGAUCUGCUGCGCAAGGCGCAAGGCACCGUUCAACUCACUGUCUGCCGAAGCCUGGCUUUGCACUGGGCCUAUUCAGGCAACCAGAGCAACAGAGCUCCCACUCCAAACACAAAGGCAGAGCCUGCAAGUGGUGGGGAAAGCCUGCAAGCUCAGCCUGUUUUCAGUUUCAAGCAAGAAGGCUCCAACCAAAUGUGCAACAAGGAUGCAGAAAGAACAGACAAAUCUCCUCUGCAAGGUCAGCUGGCUGGACAAGACUAUAAGGACCUCGUCAGUAGCGUUUCAGACAAAACCUUUGCUUCUGGAGAUGAACUGACUCAGUUAAUUAACUUGAAACCAUCACAGAGUGGAGUAGAUCCAAGGACUGGCAUAACAGGUCUUAUUCAAGGACUUCAGCUGCAGAUUGAGAAUCAAGAGGUGCUAAAGGAGUUUAUGGCUUUAGAACAUGUGAAGCCAAUAGAUGACUGCAGAACUGGCAAAGCACCAGAAAACCAGAAUAAAAACAGAUACCGAGAUAUCCUUCCAUAUGAUAAGACACGAGUUCCUCUGGGAGAAAAGAAUGGCUACAUUAAUGCAAGUUACAUUAGAAUGAAUGUUGGAGAAGAGGAACACUUUUAUAUUAUAACGCAAGGGCCUCUUCCAUCCACUAUGGCUGAUUUCUGGCAAAUGGUCUGGGAGAGUGAAUCAGAUGUGAUUGCCAUGAUGACAAAAGAAGUGGAGCUAGGGCAAGUCAAAUGCCAUCGAUACUGGCCUGAAUCUCCCUAUAACUCUAAAGAACUGGCUAAUUUCUAUCUCAGGCUACACAAUUACCAGCCUCUGGAAUACUUCAUAAUUAGAAAAAUAGAAAUUAUCAGCAAGCAGUUCAACAUCAAGCAGAUAGUGAGAGAUUUGCGAGAUCAGCGUUUUGGCAUGAUCCAAACUAAGGAUGAGUAUUUAUUCUGUUACGAAGUUGUGCUGGAAGUCCUUCAGAUCCUGCGAGCCAUGGAUUCCUACUAAGUAUGAUUCCUACAGUACGACUCUUCCUGUUGCUAUUCCACUGGACUCCAGGGACUGCUCUGCAACUACUUGAAAGAGAU